CUUUAUCACAUGCACGGCACUAUUCAUCGCCUUCUUUAGCUCCUGGGGACCCUGCAUUUCUAUCUCUGAAUUCUGUUAAUUAGUCCGACAUGUUGUGAAUAUCUAAGCAUAGUGGUGUGAUCCCGCCGGGCUAAGUCUGCAGGACAGCUAGAUCCCUUGCAAACAGUAGUGGAAAAAAAUGAUGUCUCUGAGUUCCAGCUUAUUUGUUGUAGCUGUUGCAGCACUGCUGUGCCAGCUAGUUGUUGAAUGUAAAGCUCAGGAUGACUGCAGAACACUGGCUUAUAAUGGUGACUGUGACUUUUAUGAUUGUCUUAGUACCAGAUUCCAGUGUACCGGAGCUGAUUAUCCUAUCUCUUAUGGCAAACGGUACUGCGAGCGAUUUGAAACCCACAAGAGUUGCUUCACAGCAAAUGGACAAGCAUGGAUAAAUAAUGUUCGCUCAUGUCUGAUGCGUGCUAUUAUUGACAGUGAUUUUUACAAUAGUACAAGUAUUACUUGUGAUCAGCUGCAGACAUUUGCAUUUGAAAGUCAUCCUCAAUGUUAUGCUAAUAAUCGAUUUUGUGAUGAUAUACUUGUGUCACCAAGCUGUCAAAACCUAGGUUGUCUAGCAACUAAAGUUUUUGUAUGGAGGGAUUUUUUUAAUAGGCUUGCAUUUGAACAGGUCUACAAAACAGUUCAGUAUUGUAAUGCUGCUCAGUUUUUUGCUAUUCUACCAUCCUGUGCAACAGAGGGUGAUACACAAGCUCUGAUCGAAGCCAUAAGUGAUCUUUUAAAUUGCAAUGCAGCUGGAUUAGAUAUGAUUUUUGUACUUGAUUCUUCUGGAAGCAUUGGAAGUGCGAAUUUUGCAAGUUUAAAAAACUUUGUAAUAAACAUGCUGUCUAACUUUACCAUUGGACCAGAUGACACUCGUGUUGGAGUCAUUCGUUACUCUACUUCAGCAUCGAUUGUUAUUCCUUUAGGCAGCUCUGGCACUUUUUCUGAAUUGUCAACUCGUGUCAGUAACAUCAUAUAUACUGGUGGUAAUACAUUCACAGAUAAGGCUCUCACACUCCUAUUAUCAGCAUUUGACACAACACGUAUUGAUGAGGGAGUACCUCGUGUUGCUAUUGUUUUUACAGAUGGAGCGUCAAAUAACCGUAAUCUAACAAAAGCAGCUGCUAGUGCUGUCCGUAAUGCUGGGAUACACACAUAUUCUUUUGGUAUCGGUAGUGGCAUCAAUUCCGCUGAAUUAAAUUACAUUGCCUCGGGGCCAAAUUUUGUUUUUUACAUAUCCAGUUUCUCAUAUGCUGAUUUCCAAACUGUCCUUCAACCACUUCGUACCAGGACAUGUUUAACUACACCUCUUCUAACUAUUGGAAAUUUGAUUGAAGGGACCAUUGGACGAAGAGCACUUCGCUACAUUACUUAUCUCUUUCCUCGUCAUUUAGGAUUGACCAUAAAAAUGCUUGUAACACUUGGGGAUGUGAUUGUCCGUGGAUCUUUUAGCGUUCAAAAUCCAUCAGAGCUAACACAGGAUUUUGCUGUCACAAGUGAUGGAUCUGACAUUGACUAUUUUGUUAGUCCAGAAUUGUUUGAGAACUCAACUACUGUCACUGAUGGUAGUCCACAGCGCCGAAAGAGACAAGCACCUACUAACGUUACAAUUAGUAAUCUUUACCUGACCAUAAUUGGAGUUGACGACAACAACACGUUUUCUUUAAAUACUACCUAUGGUGAUACUACUGAUGGUGUUCCAACUGAAGUUCCAACUGAAGUUCCAACUGAAGUUCCAACUGAUGGAGGUCCAACUGGCUUGGCUUCUGCACUGUUAGUAUUUGCUGCAUUGCUGUGCUUUUUGCUGCUAAAUUAGAUACCUUUCUGCUGCUAAAUUAGAUACCUUCUGCUGUUUUCUACUUGAAUUGACAAUGCUGCUGAUUAUGCUAAUUUUUUAAAACAAUUAUUACAUAGGUUUAGCAAUAGGCACAUUUAUCCAUGCUGUUUUUUUUAAAUUCCUGUUGUAACAGAUCUCUUAAAUUA